AUGACGCAUCGCGCGUCGACGGCGGCGACGACGGCGCGCGCGUCGACGAGGACGCGCGCGGGGACGGCGGCGACGGCGACGGCGGCGGCGGCGGCGGCGGCGGCGCUCGCGGCGACGACGGCGGGACGCGAGGCGAGCGCGGAGGCGCCGAGGACGAGCCCGGCGGACGCGGCGCUCGGAGGCGCGCGCGUGACGCUGUAUCAGUACGACGUGUGCCCGUUCUGUAACAAGGUGAAGGCGUUUUUGGAUUAUCACGGGACGCCGUACGACGUCGUGGAGGUGAACCCGAUGACGAAGGGCGAACUGGGAUGGGUCGAGGAUGGAUGGAAAAAGGUCCCGAUCGUCACCGUGGGGGACGAAAAGUUGAACGAUUCGAGCGCGAUCAUCGCCGAGCUCACGAAGCGGUUCGACGCGAGCGGGUCGAGCGCGAACGCGGGGGCGUGGUUCGGGGCGAAGAAGACGAAGGCGUACCUCGAACGCGAGGCGACGUGGACGAAGUGGGUCGACGAACGCUUCGUGCACGUUUUGACGCCGAACAUCUACCGCACGUGGGCGGAAGCGGUGAAAUCUUUCGAUUACAUCACAAAGAGAGGGAAUUUUGGGUACUUUGAGCGCGAGAGCGCGAGAUGGGUGGGGGCGGCGUCCAUGUACGUCAUCGCCCAUCGCGUGCUGAAGAAGCGACACGGAAUCGAGGACGAGCGCGCCGAUUUAUACGCCGAGUGCGACAAGUUCGUCGACGAAGCGGUCGGCUCUCGUAAAUUCUGCGGCGGCGAUGCGCCGAAUAACGCAGAUUUGUGCGUGUUCGGUGUCUUGCGCGCCGUGAAGACGUUUGAGACGUUCGCGGACGUCAUGGCGAACACUUCGAUCCGCCCCUGGUACGAGCGCAUGGAAAAAGCCGUGGGACCGGCCACCCGCACGGACGGCUUAGAGAACUGA